ACUAACUUCCCGGAGUUGGGAAAGGGGUGUGGUUAUAUCUUUUCCUUGUCUUCGCUGAGCAAGGGGAUCCCGUGCGACCACCUGGUCAUGAUGCAGGGCUUGCCCGCCAUCCCCGAGGAGAUCAGUAACUUCCUUGCAGAUGUUGACACAUUCAUAUCAGAUAUCCUAAAAGGUGAAAAUUUAUCCAAAAGAGCAAGGGAAAAGAGAGAUGCUUUGGUUAAGAAGAUGAAAGACAUCAGGUCCAACUAUCCACAAGAAUUUCCUGAAAGAGGAGAUUAUGAAGAUGGGGAAGAGGAUGUUGCUCCUGACAGUGUCUCUCUAGCAUCUGACCGUUAUGAUAAAGAGGAUGAAGCUCCUUCUGAUGGACAUCAGUUUCUUCCUAUUGCGGCACAAGAUCUUCCAUUUGUUUCAGUAUCUGGAUAUUUGGAAAAACGUAGAAAAGAUCACAGUUUCCUUGGCUUUGAAUGGCAAAAACGUUGGUGUGCUUUGAGUCGAACAGUCUUCUACUACUAUGGAAGUGACAAAGACAAACAACAGAAAGGUGAAUUUGCUAUAGAUGGCUACACCGUCAGAAUGAAUAAUACCCUUCGGAAAGACGGAAAGAAAGAUUGCUGUUUUGAAAUCGCUGCUCCUGAUAAACGCAUUUAUCAGUUUACAGCUGCUACUCCCAAAGAAGCUGCAGAAUGGGUAGAGAGGCUGAAAUUUGUAUUACAAGAUAUGGGAUCUCCAACUAUUCCAGAGGAGGAAUAUGAUGACAUUGAGGAAAAUUCCAUACCUCCUUCUCAGCCAGGAGUAGAAUCUAUAGCUGAUGACAUUUAUGAAGAGCUUCCAGAAGAAGCAGCAACAGUAGCUGAAAUACCAGGAAAGAGUGAGGAACCAACCAAACAAAGUCAGGAUGCUGUAAGCAGUAUUUCAGGCAAUAAAAAACCCGAUUAUGUUAAUUUCUAUCAAGGUUUAUGGGACUGCACUGGGGAUGUUCCUGAUGAGCUGUCAUUCAAACGUGGUGAUGUUAUCUACAUUCUCAGUAAGGAGUACAAUAGAUUUGGCUGGUGGGUAGGAGAAAUGAAAGGAACCAUUGGCUUGGUGCCUAAAGCCUACAUAAUGGAGAUGUAUGAUAUUUGAGAGGCAAGACCAGGCUGAUUCUGCAAACUGGAAGCCAACUAAUGGAGGUUGUAAAGAAGCUAUAGAGAUCUACAAGAAAUGAAAGACUGGGAAGAUACAUUUUUACUUUUGUUUUUACUAUUUGCUUUGACACUCUUUAUUGUGGUAUACAGUUAUUUAGGGUUGUAUUUAUUACUCACUUGGUAAAUGAGCAUAACCUGAUUAUAUGCACUUGAAAUUUAAUGGAAGAGAACUGCAAUAAAUUUUUGAUGAUCAGCCUAAUUAAUUUCAAUAUGUGCAACACAGAAGAUCUUUGCAAGAUUUUAUGCCUCUACUUGACAUAGUGAUACAUGGCAAUGGAUCUUUCCUGUAAACAUUGCUAUGACCUGCUUUUUCUUAACUGAAAAGGAAAAGCCUUUUCCUUCAUUUGCAUUUUAAUCUUAAACAUUUAAAUCACACGUGCGCGCGCGCACACACACACACACACACACACACAUGAUGUGACACUGUGAUAGCAUAUUGAAAUAUAUAUCUAUUUUUAAUAUAUUUGAAGGAGGUGUACAUUACACAUUAUAGUAUCAGUUCAUACAUAUUCUUAGGUACACAUUUUUUUUCUUAGCAGAACUUUUAGGAAUAUAAGUGCUUCUUCCAAAAACUUGUUUGAAUACUAACUUUGCUUGAUUAGUGGCUACUUCUACAUAGCUCUUUUGCUUCAAUUGCUUCACAGCUUUCUUCUUAGCUCAUCAUAUGGAAUGAUCAACAAUAAUAGAAAUUAUAUUAGGCUGCUAAAGUAAUUAAUGUAUUUGAUAAGUCCAGUAUAAAAUGCUAAGCAAAAUCCAUCUCUUGGGU